CUGUCUACAAUAGCUUCCAUACAGGGAAGUGAAAAUCAUUUCCUGUGCGAUAAACAGCUGCAGUAUCCAGUCCAGUGCUCAUCAAAACUGAAAUGGGCUUCUAAAGCCGAAGGGACGUCGGUGGUGUUGGAUUAGUUAAGAAUAGAUAUCGAUUGUUCCGUUGAAAGUGUGGUUUCAGCUGAUCACUCGGUUGCUUCAUGUUUGUUCACUAGCAAGUCGACAAGAGUGUUGGUAAGCUAGUCAUCUGUGUCGACAGUGUGCUAGGUGGCUGCAUAGGAUCUCGGGUUGUCGUUGCUGUCCACAAUGUCGAUUGCUCUGGUUAACUACUGGAUUAUCGUCUGAUGAAGAAUAUCGGCGGGGUGGUUUUUCAAAGGAAGACGUCGGAAUAAAGAGCUAAAAUGAAGAAACAGUUCAAUCGAAUGAAACAGCUCGCCAACCAGACUGUUGGAAGGGCGGAGAAAACCGAAGUGCUCAGCGAAGACCUGUUACAGAUCGAGCGGCGGCUGGAGACGGUGCGGCUGGUGGCCCACAAUGCCCACAAGCGCCUGGUGGGCUGCCUGCAGGCCCACGGCGGCACAGACGGGGAGAAGAGACACAAAAAACUGCCCCUGACGGCCCUGUCACAGGCCAUGCAGGAGGGGGGCAAUCAGCUGGGAGAAGAGUCCCUGAUUGGUAAGAUGAUGGAGAGUUGUGGAGAGGCAGAGAACAGCUUGGCCAGUGUACUGAUACAGCAUGAGGUUCAGAUAGAGAGAGACAUCCUGGACCCCCUCAACCAGCUGGCAGAGGUGGAAAUACCCAACAUUCAGAAACAGAGGAAACAGCUGGCCAAACACGUACUGGACUACGACUCUGCCAAAAACAGGUAUUUUCAGAUAUCCAAGUCAGCGAUCUCGUCAGGAACUAACCCGGCUCUGACUGCCAAGGUGGACGCUCUGAAGGAGGAGAUGGAUGAUGCCUUGAACAAAGUGGAGAUAUGCAAGGAUCAGCUGUCUGCAGAUCUGUAUAAUUUCUUCUCUAAGGAGGGGGAGUACGCCGGCUAUUUCCUUACGUUACUGGAGGCUCAGGCAGAUUACCACAGGAGAUCUCUCACCACUUUAGAGAGCCUCUUACCCAACAUAAAAGCACAGCAAGAGUCUUGGAUGGAGAAGCCGGCGUUUGGCACUCACCUGGACGAGCACCUGAAGCGCAGCAACCGGGAGAUCGCCCUGCCCAUCGAGGCCUGCGUCAUGAUGCUGCUGGAGACUGGCAUGAAGGAGGAGGGGCUGUUCCGAAUCGCUGCGGGAGCCUCCAAGCUGAAGAAGCUGAAGGCGGCGCUGGACUGCUCCACCUCCCAGCUGGAGGAGUUCUACUCCGACCCCCACGCUGUAGCUGGCGCUCUGAAGUCAUACCUGAGAGAGCUACCUGAACCCCUCAUGUCUUUCCAGCUCUACGAUGAUUGGACACAGGCGGCGAGUGUGUCGGACCCCGACAAACGAAUGCAGGCUCUGUGGGUGACUUGCGACAAACUGCCAAAGAACAACAAGGCUAACUUCAGGUAUCUGGUGAAGUUCCUGGCCAAGCUGGCCCAGGACAGCGACGUAAACAAGAUGUCCCCCAGUAACAUCGCCAUCGUCCUGGGGCCCAAUCUGCUGUGGGCCAAAGCCGAGGGCAAUCUAGCAGAGUUAGCAGCUGCUACCUCAGUCCAUGCAGUCGCCAUCAUAGAGCCCAUCAUCCAGCACGCUGAAUGGUUCUUCCCAGGAGACAUCGACUUCAACGUGUCGGGCAUGUUUGCCCUGCCGACGGUGGCUGGCAGCGACUAUGACUCGGGCACCCUGGAGAGGCGGCGGCCUGGCAGCAUGGAGAACGACAGUCGGAAAGACAGCACCCACCGUGACCACUUCACCACACCCCCAUCUCAGCGGAACGGGGGUCCGGGCACGGCUGGCAUGCCAGCGGGCGGGUCCCGCAGCGGCAGCCCCCACAUGGCGCGCAGAGGUACAAAGAAGCCUGCCCCUGCCCCGCCCAAACCGGCCAACCCCCCUCCAGUGCAGCCUGGCCCUCAGGCGCCUACGUCGUCCGGGGCGACCACGCCCGCGGACCCACACCCCAAACUGACCUCCCGCCACUCCCAGUCCAGUCAGAGCGGAUCGCCGCACCCGGGCGCCGUCCGCCGCCACUCCAGCACCCUGACGCCCCUCCAAGCGCCCAACCACCCGCCCCCGCAGCCGCCGCCCCAGAUAGCCCCGCCUCCCCUGCUCAAGGGCUCCGGCCAGGCGGCGGUGACUGAGUCAGGGGCGGACCAGUCCCCUCCCAGAACCCCCAGCCCCCCGGACACCCCUCCACCCCCGACGGAUCCCUCCGAAAUGAACCCCUACGCCCUGCCCUUCUCUUUCCAAACCGGCUCGCUGCCUCGUCCAAAGCCUGUGCCGAGACCGCGGCACCGCCCCGGUGUGCCUCCGCCGCCCCAGCCCCCCACCCACACCGGUGACGGCGCCAACGACCUCAAAAUCUUCACCGGUUGAGGAUCGUUCUGUGUGAAAGGUUUGUAAACAGCAAUUCAAUCUGCUCCUCCUACUCUCAGCUUUUAUUCUGUACAUUUGUCAUUGUAGUGCGGUUUGCCUGCUUUCGGCAUUUACCUGCUGGUUUCAUGGUUGUUCUCACUCGACUCAAACAGCAAACGGGAAAGUGAAGCUGCAUGAAACCCAGAGUGGGUGGAGCCAUCUCACCUGCCUAGCAGUCUUGACCAAUCUGUGUUCUUCAAAGCAGGGUAGAGUCACAUGCCUUUGCUUGACAGCAGAUGGAAGCUCCACCCAUCAGGGGUAAAAUGAAGCAUCACUAUUCCCUCACUCCUCAUCUUUAACUAAUACAGUGGUUUUCAACCCUGGUCCUGGAGAGCCACUGUGUAUGCAGGUUUUCAUUACAACCAAUCUCUUAAUGAUCUUGAGAAUUUGAAGUUCCAUAAUUUUGUGCAUAAUCUGAUUUUUUUCCUCCUUCACAUGUCCAAUCCCCAUCAAGAGGGUAAAACAUCCCUGAUUAGACAAAAAAAAAA